ACGAGGUUAGAGCGCUAGCUAGCUGAACCAAUAGUGCGAAGUGAAAACUAGGAAUUGAAGCGCAAACACGGAUUUCCUGUGGGAUAAACAUACAGGCCUGGCUGAUAUAACGAUGCCACACUCGAGACGGUACCCGUCCUCAGAAAGGGCCAGCCGGAGCAGCUAUCAAGACCGGGACAGAGACAGAGGACGCAAGCAGAGGCACCGCAGAUCGCCCUCUUUUUCCUCUAGCAGUGACCGGGAGAGGGAUCGGGACAGAAGGGGACGGGGAAACCGACAGGAGGGAAGCUACGCUCGCUCCAGGAGCUACGAUAAUCGCUCGGCAGACCGCAGGCCAUACGACCGGCGCUACUGUGAGGGCUACCGGCGCCUGGACCAGAGCCGCGAACGAGACCGCGGAAACCGGGAAAGGGAACAUGGAGGUGCACCAGCAGCAGUAGCCGACGGCGGUUACUACGCACGUGACUUCUCACCGAGCAUGUGCGACUACCGGAGGGGGCGCGAGAGGGAACGGGAGGAGUCGUACCGAAGGAAGGGCAGCAGGCGUAAGCACAAACGAAGGCGGCGUAGAACCAGGUCCUAUAGCCCAUCCUCCUCGCGGAGUGACAGCCGGACGCGGGCACUGAGUGUGAGGGACGACGAGGAAGGGCACCUGAUCUGUCGGAGUGGGGACGUCCUGCAAGAGAGAUAUGAGAUUGUCAGCACUCUGGGGGAAGGCACCUUUGGGAGGGUGAUGCAAUGUAUUGACCAUCGUCGGGGAGGGGCCGCUGUUGCUCUGAAGAUCAUAAAAAAUGUGGAGAAAUACAAGGAAGCAGCUCGUCUGGAGAUCAAUGUGCUGGAGAGAAUCAAUGAGAAAGAUCCGGAAAACAAACACCUGUGUGUGCAGAUGUACGACUGGUUCGACUACCACGGCCACAUGUGUAUCUCCUUCGAGCUGCUGGCCCUCAGCACCUUCGACUUCCUCAAGGAGAACAAUUACCUGCCCUAUUCCAUCGCCCAGGUCCGACACAUGGCCUACCAGCUAUGCCUGUCCGUCAAGUUUCUUCAUGAUACCAAGUUGACGCACACAGACCUGAAGCCAGAAAACAUCCUGUUUGUCAAUUCCGACUUCACGAUGACCUAUAACGUAGAGAAGAAGCGCGACGAGCGGACAGUGAAGAGCACGGACGUACGGGUGGUGGACUUUGGUAGCGCCACAUUUGACCACGAGCACCACAGCACCAUCGUCUCCACACGACACUACCGCUCCCCGGAAGUCAUACUAGAGCUGGGCUGGAGCCAGCCGUGUGAUGUGUGGAGCAUCGGUUGCAUCCUGUUCGAGUACUACCUGGGCUUCACCUUGUUCCAGACUCAUGAUAACAGGGAGCAUCUGGCCAUGAUGGAGAGAAUACUGGGGCCGGUGCCCUCCAGGAUGAUACGCAAGACGAGGAAGCAGAAAUAUUUUUACCGUGGACGUCUGGACUGGGACGAGAGCUCGUCAGCUGGGAGAUACGUGAGGGAGAACUGCAAACCCUUACGGAGGUACCUGUUGUCGGAAGCCGAGGAGCACCAUCGGUUGUUUGACCUGAUUGAGAGCAUGCUGGAAUACGAGCCCGCUAAACGCCUGGCCCUGGCAGACUCCCUCAGACACCCUUUCUUCGAAUCGGGGACAGCAGGCGAUGCGGUGGGGGGGAAGACCUGGGAGGGCAACCGCGACAUCAGCCGGUGACCCGGGACCUCCACAGACUCUUAACGAUAGAGCGAUUUAUUUUUUUCAGGUGGAGCAGACCGAUACGACCACUUAAGGCGGUACGGCCAAAUUCGAUGGACCUUACCAGUCUGUCUGAAAUCCUUUGGCCAUUCAUCACAGCAUGGACCCGUUUCCUCCUGCUUACUGUACUGCCCCCACAGUUAGGAGAGAGGCUCAUGCUGGCAGCUAGAAAACCAGAAGGACUUCAGAAAAAGACAGCCUUCCUUUUAGUCCUCUCGGCUUCUGCUCCGACAGAAGGCAAAUGACCAAGAGAGGAGUUUUUAGCCCAACCUUAGAUUACCCAGACCCAGCUCCAGUCUUCCGCAUGUAAAGGAAAGGACCGGCCUCGUGUAGUGGAACACUAGUGAGAGCAAGAGAAGCCUUGCUCUGAAAGCCAAUAUCGUGACCGCUUCAUUUGAGGUGAAAUGCUUGGAGAAGAGGGGCACUGUCUUGUAUUUAUUUGGAAACUCUUGUCCAUGCCACAGCUAUCGAUCUUGGCUAAUGUUAGCCAAUCGAAUGGCACGUUUCGUCAAUGAGUGAUUGCCACUCCACAUGUAUUGCUUAUAUAGCCUCUCCUAUUGAUAUAAUAUAUCUACUGUAUCUCUGUUACGUAUGCAAUGCUUUUGAGGAGAGGGAUUGAUGCCAUAUUAAUGUAAUAAUAGUACUCACAACUGGACAUGUUUUCUCCGCUGUUCUUCAUCUAGUCUGGGGAAAUGACAGACACUCACAACAAUCAGACCCCCAUACAACACAAUCUGCAGACUGCCUUUUUACAUAUGUGAUAGUAUCAGGCCUGUGGUCUGAGAUGAAGCACACACAGGGUCAUAAUAGUAACGUAUGGCAUCCCGAUGCCACAGGCACACAGCAGCACCCGGUUUACAGUAUUUAUUAUUAUUAUCUCCUCCCUGUACAUUCAUUUUUUUUUUUGUAUAAGAUUUAAAUGUAUAAAACGAUGUAUGAUUCUGUCAAAUUAAAGUUAAGUCCUCCUUUGCCAAGGCUUGUAGCGCCGUUGGUUGAGUUAUGGGGAGGCGUUUUUGUCUUAAGUACUCGACUGUGUCUUUGAACCCUGAUUUAUUUAAUGACUGUAGUGUGUUCGUGGCCAACGAUAUAGAAGGAUGUCAGGAAACCCUUGACUGACCCUGGCCUAUUGCUCUAUUUAGUAGUGUUGUACCAUCAACUCUGCUGCUACCUAAAUAGUCUGUAGAUGAGUAGUGUUAGGACAUGGGCUCUCUCAAAUUACCUUCUCAACCCUAUUUAGAGGAGAAGGACCAUGGUCCCUCCCCUCGGAUGUUCCCCUCCGAUGUGUUUUGAAGAGGAGUAGAAAAGGGUUUCCAAGAAAAUAUGAAUUGAGAUUCACCCAUGGCCACUUCUCUGUAAAGUCUGCCGUGUCACCCACGGGAAGGGGCCAAGGACAGGAGGAUCAGCUCUGGCAGCCAUGCAGGUGUACCUACUGUCAUGGGUCCUCAUCCAUCUUUCAGUAACUCAUCUUGCCACUACCUUUGUCUGUUUGCCUCCCUGCCUGCUUUCCCUCUCUUUUCCCCAUCUGUUACCAUGAAAACUAGAGCAAAGCCUAUACAGAAUCUGUAGAUGUGUGCCAGUAAACUAAGGUUAAGUUCACUGGGUGAACUGAACAAUUAACCUUUAAUAAACGUCUAGCUAUAGAAACAGAAAAUAACCCAGAAAAUACGUUUCAUUGGAUUUUGUACAGUUUAUUUCCAUCAGUCAAAAUGUAUAGACAUGAUCAAGGGUGGUGGGGAUUGAGUGACUUUUGUGCUAUUUGGGUACAAAGUAGUGGACGGCUGAUGGCUCAAGGCUGCGUCAAUGAGUCACUGUCAACUUCAAAUGGCAUCUAUUCUAAAGAAAAGCGGAUAUCCCCUUGCUGACAUUGAAAACAACCGUGAUUCAUGCCUCAAUGCGGUCUUCAUGUCUGCCCCCUCACUCUUUACUUAUGGUCAGAACUAACAGAAAUAUCACCUGGCAACACAGGCCUAUAACUAUACCUACACUGACAGUUCAUUACAAACUAACCAAAUUCAAAGAUUGAAAACUACAUGACAUGACGCUUGUUUCUUUCCUACACUGGUUUGUUUGCGUCCCUGUAGGUUCUAAUGAGAUUAGUGCUUAUGUCUUCAGCUAAUUUGCCUGAGAAGCAGGGAGGGUUGUCUGUGAAAUCCCAAUAAGAGGAGACAAGGCACUUUACCCGGACAAAUGCGCAGAAGUCCAUCAACCGGAGUACCUCAAAGCAAUACUGUUUUGCCACUGAGGAAUGUGGAUUACCUGCCUUCUUUGGUUACAGCAAAUAGACUAUUUACAUGUAUG